GGAUUACAUCUCAUAUAAAUGAAAACUAAUCAAAUAAAAUUUAAACAAAUAUAUAUACUAAUAUGUCUAUUUUACCUAAAACAAUUUAUUAAUACUUUACAAAAUUAGGAAAUAUUUUUUUUUUAGUAGUGUCAUUAAUUAUGUUAAUAAGAUAGGAUUUAUCUUCUUUUAAAAACUGGAUUAUUAUUUUUCCCUUUAAUGUUCUUUUGCACAAUACACAUUAUAAAGAAUACAUAAUAGACUUGUAAAGAUAAAAGAUUGAUGAAUAAUAAAAUAAAUAAAAAUGCUAGAGAGGAAAUAUAAAAAAUAUAGAAGAAUAUAAAAAAAUUUAAAGGAAAAAAAUCAUGUUAGCAAAUUAAGCUAAUAAUCCAAAUCAAACUUUAAGAUAGAAAUAAAUUUCAUAAAUUUAAAAAGAACAAAUAAUAUAAAACUCUUAAAAAGAAUAAAUUGAAAAUUUAUAAACAAUUUAUUGGGAAGAAUUAAGAGUGGGAGAUGUUGUUAGGCUUCAACAUGGAGAAACCGCACCGGCAGACAUGAUUUUAUUAGAUUCUAAUAAAAUAAGGGAUAAAUAGGCUAUAUGCUAUAUAGAUACAAUCCCAGUAGAUGGUAAAGAACAAUUAAGGUAAAUAAGUGCAAGUUCUCUAACUAGAAGUAAUAUUUUUUUAAAAUAUAUAUAAAAUAAAUAAAUAAUAAAAUAAAAGUAAUAAAUUUCAAAGAUUAUAAGAAAUCGUUUUUUAAUAAAUACAGGGCUAUUUUAAAUUUAAAAUUAUCAUAUGAACCUCCAAAUUAAAAUAUUAACGAAUUUAAUGGCUAAUUACGUUUAAAAAAAGAUCCAAAAAUAGAAUUUUUAACAAAUGAUAAUUUCAUUCCUAGAGGAAGUACAGUUUAUUUAUAAAAAAGUAAGGAUUGGAUAUAUGGAUUAGUUCUUUAUACAGGAAUGAAAACUAAAAUAAUGAUUAAUAGAAAUUAUUAAAAUUAUAAAAAUUCUUAUUUGGAAGGAUUAAUUUAAUAUUAUUUUUUAGCAAAUGUUUCCUUAGUAAUUGUCUUUGCUAUUGUUAGUAUAAUUGUCCUUAUUGCUAAAAGUAAAGAAUCUGAUUUUUUAAUUAAUUAUGUUGAUAAGGAUGUUGCUAAUUCCAUUAGAUUUUUCACUUAUAUUAUACUUUAUUCAUAAAUGAUUCCGAUUUCUAUUUACGGGGUUUUAGAUAUAGUUACUAUAUUAUCAAAAUUCAAAAUUGAAAAACAAAACAAAAAAAAAAAAAAAUACUUUAAAAUUAACGAUCCAAAUGUUUUUAGUAAUAUGGGCCAUAUUGAUUAUAUUUUUAUGGAUAAAUUUACUGCUAUUCAUAAAAAAAUACAUGAUGUUGCAAGAAUCACUACUUAUAAUGAUGAUUAUAGAAUUGAAAAAGAUGAUAUUAGUAAAUUUUUAGAAGGAAAAGAAUUCAGUAAUAAGGAUUUUAAGAACUUUUAAACAAUAAAUUAAUUAACAUAAAAUGCACAAUUUACAUUAAAUUUCAUAGAAGUAGAUGAAAAAAAUGAUGAAUAUGAUAUAUAUAAAGAUAAUAAAAAGGAAGAAAAUAAUAAUAAUAAUAUAUAAAAUAUAAAAAUAUAAACGAAUGGUGCUUAAUUUAAUCCAAUAAACUCUAAUUAAAACUAAAGUAUGUAAACAGACGAUUUUGACAUUAAAAAUAUUUAAGAUAAAUUGUUUUGUAAUUAAAUGGAAAAUUCUAAUAAAUUACCUUUAUAAUUAAAAGAAUAUUUAUAGAAAGAGCUUCAAAAUACAAAAAAUCCUGAAACAUCAGAAAAAUAAGCAAUUUAAUAUUCUUAAAUAUCAGAAAAACAAAUUAGUUAAAAUUUUUAACAAGAAUCGAAAUCAGAAACGGUAAACAUUGAUAAAUAAUAGCCUAUUAAUGAAUUAUCGAAAGCCCAAAUAUAUACAACUUAUUAAUAUGUUUAAAAGAUAUAAGAAAUGUAUGAUGAAAAUAAUAUAAAAGGAGAUUUAUCAUAAAUAAUAAUAGCUUCUCUUAUUUGUAACCAUGCCGAGCCUUCAAAACACGAUACUUUGGAAAUUGUUGAUUCUAGUAUACUUUAAAAUGAAAAUUCAGUUUUAUAAUUUGCUAGUUAAUCUGGUUUUACAUUGUUUACUUAAAAAAAUAAAUCCUAUAUUUAUUUUGGUAAAAAAAAUGUUGUUUAAAUUGAUGAAAAAAUGUUUAAUUAUUAAAGAGGAGACAAAAAAACAUUUUCUGUUAUAGUUUAAUUGACCUAAGAUAAAAAGUAAUCAUUUUAUUUAUAUUGUAAAGGAGAUCCUGCUUAUAUGAGAAACAGAAUGUAGAUUAGUAUUUAAGAAAGCAUUAAUUUUGAUAUUUUAGUAUAAAGCUUUUAAAAAUAAGGCCUUUAGCCUAUUGUUUAUACAAAGAAACAACUUAGUUAAGCUUAGUAUAAUAAAUAUAUUGAGUUAUAUAAAUAAAUAUAAAAUAAUCCUUAAGUUUAAGAAGAAGAAUUAAAAUAAUUAGGUUUAGAAAUAGAAGUUAAUUUAUAAUUUAUUGGACUAUUUGGUUUAAAAUAAAGAGUUAAUUAAGAUAUUUUCCCUCUAAUUAAUUUAUUCCAAAAAUCAAAUUUGAAUUUAUACUUAUUAUCAAGCGAAACUUAAGAACAAACUUUAAAUACUGCAAUUUAAGGUUUCGGAAGAUAAGCUAAUAAAUAAUAUUUUUAAAUAUCAGAAGAUAACACAGAAUAAGUAUGGAAUUAAGUCCGUUAGAUUUUAUAAUAAUUAAAGGAUAUAUUUUCUACAUAAAAUUAACAAAAAAUUCAAGCAGAAAAAGCCAAAAGAAACAAUUACGAGCUUGCAUAACCUUUGGACGAAAAAAAGUAAUAAGAAACCGUUGAUAAGAAUCUUAAUUAAAAAGAGGAAGUAUAAGAUUUAGAAAGAAGACUUUCUAAAGCAUUAUAGUAAAACAUUAUGCUUGAAAAAAUAAAUUAAUAAUAUUAAUUACAUUUAAAUGGUAAAAGCUUUUUAUGUUUAACUUAAGAUAAUACUCUUUUAUAACAUUUUACUUUUAUUUUAUAAUUCUGUAGAGUAGUAAUAGGUUAUAAUAUUGACUAAGAGUCAAAAGGAAAACUAGUAAAUAUAAUUAAAAAAGGGAUGCUUUUUAAUCCAACAGUAUGUGCAAUUGGAGAUGGUUACAAAGAUACUUAAAUGAUGAAAAAUGCCGACAUUUCAAUUGAAAUAGUUGAAAGUUGUCCUUAGUCACAUACUGAAUUUUGCACAGGAGAAUAAUUUCAUGUACUAAGUAAUGGAGGAGAUAUACAAUUAUCAUAAAUAAAAGAUAUAAAAGAUCUAAUUUUGCUAGAAGGAGUUAAUAAUUUUUUCUAAACUUAAAAUUUGAUAUACUUUUUGUUUUAUAAAAGUUUACUUUUUGGACUCUCUUUAUUUUACUUUAAUUGGUAUUCAUCUUUUCUUGGUACUUCUAUGUUUGAAUCUAUGUGGGUAUUCUUGUACGAUUUCAUAUUUAAUGCUGGAACUGUGAUUCUAUACGGACUAUAUGAUACUCCUUUCCAAAAAAUCGUCUUAUAAAUUUUCCCUUCACUUUAUGUAUCUGGUUUAGUUGAAAAAUAACGAGUUUUAUCAAAUUUUGUACUACAGAGUGUCUUAGAGGGUCUUUUUUAAGGAACUCUUAUUUACUAUGUAUCCAUUUAUAUAGUUUCCAGAUCUCUAAGUAUUGAUGGAUAUAAUUCUGACUUUGGAAUCAUGUCUUUAGUUAUUAUUUAUAGUGUCAUACUUGUUUUUAAUUUUAAAAUUAUCUUAACUUCAGAGAGUCAUAAAGUAAGAAUUGUCUGGGCUGGUCAAUUAAUUGUUUUGGUACUUAUUAUAGUAUUUAUUUUUGCUAAUGAUACUGAUAAUUUCUCGAAUUGGGAUUGGGUUAUGACAACUGGUGAAAUAUUCAAAAGAGGUGAUACUAUUUGUUGUUUGAUUUUUAAUGUUAUUGUAUCUCUUAUUGUUUCUCAUUUUGUAAAUGUUUUUAUGGUCGAAUAUCUAUAACCUAAUACCUAUUUGCUUAAUGCUUCAAAAAUUUAAUAAUAAAAAUUAAAUUGGAAAGAAUAUAAUAAUUAAAUAAUUAUUGAAUAAAGUCUGAAAAGAGAAAUUGAUUUAGGACUUUUAAUUAAGAAAAUCUUUACAUCAUAAAGUAUUAUUGAAUAAUCAGUUUUAGAUAUGGUUUCUGCAUUUGAAUCUGAUGUAACACAUAUGUAAAUAAAUCCAUAUUCAUUAAAAUUUAAUGACUAAAAAUUAGAAAAUAAAUACAAAUAUGAACGUACAUCUUCAAGCUCUUCAAUAUUCCGUUUUACAUAUUUUAUUAUAGUAUUAAUAAUUGUCGUAUACAUAAUAGUAGAUACUAUAACCGAUAAAGAAUUAGAUUAAAUUAGAGGCUUUUUACGAGCAGGAUUUGGUGGUUUUUUCGUAUUAGGAUUAAUACUUGUAUUAAGUUAAAAGUUUCAAGAUUUAUAUUAUUCAUUAUCAUUUUCACUUCUUUUCAUUGGGGUAGUUUUCAAAAUAAUACUUGAUUGGAUCGAAUCAAAUUUCAGUACUUCAAUGACUACAAUGAUUACUACUUGCAUUCUUACAUUUAAUUUUGGUUUAAAUAUUUAUUCUGUAAUUAUUUUGAAUUUAAUGAACUCUUGUAGCUUUAUUAUAAGAAUUAUUUUUAUUUAUUAUGACAAAGGCUAUUACGAUUAAAAUGGAACUAAUUAAGAUCUUUAUAAUUUCUUUUUAAUUGCUUCAUUUGUAAUUAUGCUUUUUUAUGUGUUCGUAUAAUCUGUAUAUGUAAUAUACAAAAGUGAAAGUGAGAAAAGGAAAUAUUUUGUAGCUUAAUAAGAUAUAAAAAACGCCAAAGAACAAAAUAAUGCUAUAUUAUCAAUUUUAGUCCCAGAUUUUGUCCAAAACAAAUUAAAUACAGGAAAAUUCGAAAUGGCAGAUGAUUAAGACGAAGUUGCCAUUUUAUUUGCUGAUAUUUGUUAUUUCGAUGACAUGGUAGAAGAAGAAUAAAACAAUAUAGUUUCUAUACUUGAUGAAUUGUUCAGAAAUUUUGAUAUCAUUUGUGAAAAACAUGGUGCUUAGAAAAUCGAGACUGUCGGAAAGACAUAUAUGGCAGCAACAGGUAUAAAAGAAUGUGAAAUAAACGUGUCAGAACAAAUAAAGUAAAGAGGAAAAGGCGAAAGAUUAGUAACAAUGGCAAAAGAGAUGUUAGAGCAUGCCAGCAAUUAAAAAUGGGGAAAACAAUAAGAGCCAAUAUAAUUAAAAAUUGGUAUUAAUAAAGGGGAAGUAAUGGCAGGUGUUAUAGGAAAUCCUAAACCUUAAUUUUCUUUAAUAGGAGAUACUGUAAAUACAACUUCUCGUAUUUGUGCUUAAUGCUCUUAUGGUAAAAUAAUGAUUACUUAAAAAAUUAAAGAUGAAGUAAAAAAUAUGAAUCAUUCCUUCAAACCUAUCACUUUUUAACCCAAAGGUAAAGAUGUGAUGACUGCAUAUGAAAUUGCAGGCCUUGCUACUCAAAAAAAAUUUUAGGGAAUCCUUAAAAAUCUCAAUAAGCAUAAAGAUGCUAUUAAUUAAAUUCCUUUAAGUAACAAUUAGACAGUUAAAAAAUAAAACUCUAUUACAGGUGGAUCUAAUAAUAAUUCAGAAAAAUAAAAUAAUAUUAUCAAUGUUUUAAGAGGUAAAAAUCCUAUUAAUUAAGAAAAAAACAAUAAAUCUUCACAAAACUAGAUAUUAAAUUAAUAAAAUACUGAAUAAUAAUAGUUGACAAUUAAAUAAAAUGAAGAAAACAGAUUAAUGACAAAUAACCAAUAUGGUCCUGAUACUGAAUAUCAAGAUGAUGAUGAUGAAAAUGAUGAAGAUAUAGAUUUUGAAGAAGAUGUAAUAUUAGAACAAGGAGAUUUAAAAACAAACAUAUUACUCAUGAUCGACAAAAACGUUCCAAACGAUUCUAUUUAUAAAUUCAGAAAUCAAACAAAAAAAUAUAGUUUGCAUGUAAACAGAAUAAUGAUUAUUUUUCUUAUACUUCUUUAUUUGAUUAGUACUAUGUUCUUAAUUACUGUUAGAUCUGCUUUUUAAUAUUCCAGUGCUAUUUUUAUUAUUAGAGGUAUUUAUAUAUUUGCUUUAGUUAUUGUAUUGUUUACUCUUUCUUAUUCUUUUUCUAAUGAUUAAAUUAGAUAUAUAACAUAAUUUAUACUUAUGCUUGGUUGUGUCCCUUCAUUACUUUAAGGCUAUUUCUGCUUUUAGGAUGAUUUCUUAACUAUUUAAAUUAUUGAAGCAUUAAUUAUUUAUAUGACGUCCUCUUAUAUUGUUAUCUUUAACUUUAUUGAUAUUAUUGUUUAUUCUACUAUUAUAAGCAUUCUUUUUAUUGCUUUGAUAUUUGAUGAUUUAAAUGUCACUAAUUGUUUCUUUUUUUGGGCUUUUAUUAUUCUUAUUAUUUAAAAAUCAUAUAUUUAUUUACGAAAUUCGUACAAAAAUUACAAUUUUACAUCUAAAAUUAAUAAAAAGAAAGAUAAAAUGUAAGGAUUAGUUAAUUAAUUAUUACCUGCAGUGGUAAAAAAACAUAAAAGAAAUUUAAAAAAUAUAAUAUUUUUUUAAAAGGCAUUAAAUAAAUUAAGAAAUUAAAAUGUAUUUUUAAAUAAUAAACGUGAAUUAACAGAUGAAUUCGAAGAUGUAACAAUAUUAUUUGCAGACAUUAAAGGAUUUACUGAAUUUUCUGAUAAAGUAAAAGAUCCUAAGAAAGUCCUUAAAAUGUUAAAAAAUUUGUUUGAAGGAUUCGAUAAAUUAUGUUUAAAAAAUAACGUUUUUAAACUAUAUACUAUUGGUGAUUGUUAUGUAGUCUUGAGUUUCGUUGUUGCGGAAAGAUAGAAUAUUAAAGAAGAAAUAUGUUAAGAAGCUAAAAAUGUCGUAAAUAUGGGAUUGGAAAUGAUUGAAACAAUAAAUCAUAUCAGAAAAGAUUAUACAUUUUUAAACAUGAGAAUAGGAAUACAUACAAGCAAAAAAAUAAUUGGAGGUAUUUUAGGAACCCAUGUAGUUAGAUAUGAUGUAUAUGGAAGAGACAUUAGAAUUGCAAAUAAAAUGGAAUCAAGUGGGGAUCCUGCAAAAGUAAUGAUUAGUUAAUCUACUAAAGAUUGGAUUGAAAAAGAUCCUAAUUGUCCUUACAGUAUUGUUUGGGCUAAAGAAGUUGAAAUUAAAAGUAAAGAUAAACCUACUGAAAUUAUAUAAAGCUAUUUUAUUAAUAAAAAAGGAUAUUAUUAAUGAAAUAUAUAAUAAAUAAUUUUAUAUAUAUUUAUUUAAUUAUAUUUUUAUUAAUUUAAUUAAUAAAAUAUAUAUAUUAAUAUUUUUUAUUUCUUUUGUAUUUUUUUAAAAACUAU